GUGCUCUUCGGACCAGUCCCUUGGAACACAUCUUCGAGUAGGAGAAAGUAGCCAAUAAAAAAAGAAGAAGAAGAACCAUACCAUUCGAAACCAUUGUGGUUUUCGGUGGUUAAAUUUGGUUCAACCGAGAUUUCAUCUAAACGAGAUUCCUUCGCUCUCGUUGCUGAUCAGUUAUUGAUCCAAUAAAGUUCUUCACUUCGUCGGCUAUUGAAAAUGGUACCCCUAAUGAUAGCCGUAUUGUUAGUGAUGGUGGCACUCAUCUCAGCUCGUGAAGUCCCUGACUUUCUCAAGGUGUGCAAGCGGCAGGAUCCAGACUUGCCAAAUUGCGUAUCCGAAAGCAUAGAUCACCUUCGGCCACUUCUUGUGGACGGAGUUGCCGAAUACGGAAUACCUUCUUUGGAACCCUUGUUGCUGCAUGAAAUAGUCGUUUCCCAAACAAGUGGGCUGAGAAUUGCGGGGAAAAACAUCAAAGUACACGGCUGCAGUAACUUCGCCGUAACCCAUUUGAGCAUCGAACUCUCCACGAUAGACGUCGAGGUGACGAUUGAGUUGCCGAACUUGUGGAUCGACGGAACCUAUUCCGUGGAGGGUAAAUUGUUGCUGUUGCCUGUGGUGGGGUCGGGACCAUUGGAACUUAAUCUCACCACGUGUAAGGGUGAAGUGAAAAUGCGGGGAAACGUGUUCAAGGAUGAUAACGGCGUGGAGCAUCUGAGCUGCGCCGAAAUGGACUUGAAGAUUUCUGUCGGCACUGGCGUCGUGCGUCUUGAUAAUCUUCUGGGAAAGGAGGAUGCGAUCGGUGUCCUCGUAAAUUCCGCUAUCAAUAAACACUUCGACCUUUUCUUGAAAGAAAUCCAGCCCUUGCUGGAAGAAGCUUUGUCGCAAGCUUUCAAGGAUAUCGCUAAUAAAAUCGUCGAGCCCUUCGAUUACUCACAGCUUUUGCUGAAUGAUUAGAUCCGCGAGAAAAGUUGAUAACACACGAAAUUACGAAACGUGCUAAACUGAACUCAUUGCUAUAGAUAACAAACAACUUAUUUGUACAAAUCGAAGUCGUAUGCUCGAAUAGGUGUGAAAGUAUACUCAUGUGACCACAUACGUUUGUAUUAAUUGAAACUUGUACGAUUACAAGUAUAAUAAAUGUUUCAGGUCAACAAGCAUAUCAUGUAAACAAUAAAUCAUGUAGAACUCGUUUAUCACAGAAAAGCUUAUGUAGUCGUAUAAUA